AUGACCGAGGCGGCGCUGGUGGAGGGCCAGGUCAAGCUGCGGGACGGCAAGAAGUGGAAGACCAGGUGGCUGGUGCUGCGCAAGCCGUCGCCCGUGGCAGACUGCCUGCUGAUGCUGGCCUACAAGGACCGGUCGGAGCGAGCCAGGGGCCUCCCGGAGCGCAGCAGCCUGACGCUGGAGCACAUCUGCGGCCUGGAGCCCGGCCUGCCCUACGAGGGCCUGGCCCACACGCUGGCCAUCGUCUGCCUGUCGCAGGCCGUCAUGCUGGGCUUCGACAGCCGGGAGGCCAUGUGCGCCUGGGACGCCCGGAUCCGCUACGCACUCGGCGAGGUGCACAGGUUCCACGUGACGGUGGCCCCGGGCACCAAGCUGGAGAGCGGCCCCGCCACCCUCCACCUCUGCAACGACGUCCUGGUGGUGGCCAGGGGCGUGCCCCCCGCCGCCUCCGGCCAGUGGAAGCUGUCGGACCUCCGGCGCUACGGGGCCGUGCCGAACGGGUUCAUCUUCGAAGGCGGGACCAGGUGUGGAUACUGGGCCGGGGUCUUCUUCCUGUCUUCAGCCGAGGGCGAGCAAAUCAGCUUCCUGUUCGACUGCAUCGUCCGAGGCCUCUCCCCGACCAAGGGCCCCUUUGGGCUGCGGCCGGUUCUCCCAGACCCCAGCCCUGGGGGACCUGCCACCACGGAGGAGCGAGCGGCCCAAGAGGCCCUGGAGGCCCUGCAGCUGGAGAAGCGGCUCAGCGUCCUGUCCCACUGCGGCCGGCUGGGCAGCGGAGGGGAUGACCGCAGCCUGUCCAGCUCGUCGUCCGAAGCCAGCCACUCAGAGGUCAGCGCCAGCAGCCGGCUGACGGCGUGGCCAGAGCAGUCAUCCUCUGCCGGCACGUCGCAGGAGGGGCCGGGGCUGGCGGCCCAGGCCCCCGGGGAGGCCCCGCUGGGCGCCUCGAGGCCGCCCCCCAAGCCGCUGAGGCCGCGGCAGCUGCAGGAGGUGGGCCGGCAGAGCUCCUCGGACAGCGGCAUCGCCACGGGCAGCCACUCCUCCUACUCGGGCAGCUUCUCGUCCUGCGCAGGGAGCAGCCUGGACGUGUGGCGCGCCGGCGACGAGUUCGGUUCGCUGCUCAGCCUGCCGCCGGCGGCCGGGGGGCCCGAGCCCAGCCUGUGCGCCUGCCCGCCAGGGACAGCGGAGUACCAAGUGCCCAGCGCCCUGCGGCCCCACUACGACACGCCCCGCAGCCUGCGCCAGGCCCCCAGGGACCAGACCCCGGCGGCGCAGGGGGGCCCUGAUGACAAGGCCGCUGGGGACCCGGGCGGCCACAUGCCCACGGGGUGUCCCUCCGGCUGGCUGGGCGCGAGACGCCGGGGACAGGAGACGGAGGCCCCGGGCAGCGAGAUGGCACUGCCCAGCCCGGCCCCCCGCGAGCCCUGGGAAGCAGGCGGCACCCACGCGGGGCCCCCUACCGCCUUCUUUUCUGCGUGUCCCGUCUGUGGAGGCCUCAAGGGAGCGGCUGCCUGGCCCCCUGGGCCCCCGACGCACUCAGGUAGGCUCGCGCCUGCGCCCACAGGAGCCCCGCGGCCCGAGAGGCAGAGCAGGACGCCCACCCACCUGAGUGUCCCCACCAGCGCCCCCCUCCAGCAGCUGCACUACCUCGGCCUGGAGCUCCCCGAGGCCGGCGCGCGUGUCCGAGGGGCCGGCACCUCCUGCUACGCACACAUCGACCCGGAGGCCACGGCGGCAGCCCACAGGGCGGGGGCCCGGCACGCACAGGCCCGCGAGGAGCGGCUGGCCGAGCUGCAGCCCCGGAGGAAGGGGGCCCCUCGCUGA